AUGGGCAACAAAAGAAUUGGUUUGAUGUGUUACGCAGAUGACGCAGCAAUUAUUGCUAAAUCAGAAGAUGAUCUUCAGAGACAGCUCUUUGAGUUCUUUCAAGUAAGCCGUCAACUAAAUAUGAACAUUUCUACCAACAAAACUAAAUGUAUAACAAAAGCAAAAGAUCCGCUCAGAUGUAAGUUAGUGGUUGAGAACAACCCCAUAGAACAGGUGAUGCCAUUCAGAUAUCUGGGCAUAGAUAUAUCAAGCACUCACGACCCAGUAAAGGACCUGAGGAGUCAGAUCAACAAAGCAUCUGCAUUGUCAGGAUGUCUUCGGGAGAUAGUCUGGUCAAAGCCAUAUAUGCGCACAGAUAGUAAAAGUAGAAUCUAUAAGACUUGCAUACGACCGAUCAUGACAUAUGGCAUAGAAGUGCGCGAAGGCACCAACAAAACGAAACAGAUACUAAUUCCGAAAUGA